UUCAUGUGAUAGGACGGUAUCAGCCGUUUCCACAGCAAGAUUUGCUAUUUUUCCCGCAAAAGCUGACAUUGCCUUAUGAGGUGUUCAUAAUGGUGAAAGAAACGGGUUAUUACGACCUGUUGGGUGUGAAGCCCGGCGCCAGCGCCGAGGAGCUGAAGAAGGCUUAUCGUAAACUGGCCUUGAAGUAUCACCCGGACAAAAACCCAACAGAGGGAGAGAAGUUUAAACAGAUCUCCCAGGCAUACGAGGUGUUGUCAGACUCCCAGAAGAGGGAGCUCUAUGACCGCGGUGGGGAGAAGGCCAUUAAAGAGGGGGGCAGUGGAGGGGGAGGAGGGGGCAUGUUUGACUCCCCCAUGGACAUAUUUGACAUCUUCUUUGGCGGAGGAGGAGGACGCAUGCAUAGGGAGAGGAGAGGGAAAAAUGUGGUUCACCAGCUGCCAGUGUCAUUGGAGGAUCUGUAUAACGGAGUAACGAGAAAAUUGGCCGUACAGAAGAAUGUGAUCUGUGAGAAAUGUGAAGGUCGCGGGUGCCGUCGGGGCGUGGUCGAGGUGUGUGUGGCGUGUGGUGGCAUGGGUGUACAGGUGCGUAUCUGUCAGCUGGGGCGCGGCAUGGUCCAGCAGGUGUCCACCGUGUGUGGAAACUGCGGAGGACAGGGGCAACGGCUCAGCCACAAGGACCGCUGCAAAGCCUGCGCCGGACGCAAGAUACUCCGCCAGAAAAAAAUCCUGGAGGUCCACAUCGACAAAGGAAUGAGAGACGGACAGAAGAUUGUUUUUCAUGGGGAGGGCGAUCAGGAGCCCGGCCUGGAACCUGGUGAUAUUGUCAUCAUAUUAGACCAGAGAGAUCACCCAGUCUUCACCAGGCGGGGACAGGACUUAGUGAUGUCAAUGGAGCUGCAGUUGGUGGAAUCUCUGUGCGGAUUCAGGAAACCUGUGCAGACUCUGGACAACAGAACACUACUGGUCACCUCACCCCCAGGUGAGCUGGUGAGACCAGGAGACGUGAAAUGUGUGUUAAAUGAGGGGAUGCCGGAGUAUCGCAGACCGUUUGAGAAAGGACGACUCAUUAUCCACUUCUCUGUGGCGUUCCCGGAGCCGAAUUUCCUCAGCGUUCCGAAGCUGAAGCAGCUGGAGCGUUUGCUGCCCGAUAAACGGGAGGCCGGCGAGCCGGACGGGAUGGACGACGACCUUUACAUCUACGCUGACCUGGAGGACUUUGACCCCGCCCACCAGCGCCGCCAGCGCUGUUACUACAUGGAGGAAGACGAGGAUGACUUCCACACUGGCUCAGGAGUACAGUGUCAAACCUCCUGAAGCCCCGCCCACACCCCUCUUACAGUGUUUACUCUCUGUGUGUGUGUGUGUGUGUGUGUGUGUGUGUAUGUGUGUGU